UUGCCUGUCACUAACUUUCUAUGUAGUUAUUGGAUAGCGGAACGGUUUCUUGCACUGUAUUUUAUGAACUUUCAUCCAGCUAUAUGAUUUAUCUUGUUCCUAAAGUCACGUUACCUCGACAAUAUAUUUGUUAGAAACUACUAGAUACAGUGAGUAACAGUAGUUAGAGAAGAGUAUUCAGGACAGGGUAUCCUCAUAUGUAGCCGAGAAUAUUUUUCCUGACGUCACUCCUUAGCAGUAUUUAGCGUUCAAUGUAGAGUGAUAAUGUUGAUAAACUUUAUCUGUAAGUGAUAGUGCUAUCAUGUAUGUUUUUCAGUAGACAUUAUUCAGAGGUGAUUGUCAGUUUUUAUGAAACAUAGCUUUGUUUACUGUGAUAGUGAUUUGGAGCAAUUUUGUAAACCUAAAUCGCGGCACCAAGUUACUUCGGCGUUUUUUGAGUUAACAAAUAACCGUGAAAAAUGCCCCGGGGACGGGACGAUAUGCAAGUAAACGUGGCGGGCCUAAGGAGAAAUAUUAAAAACCUCGCGCACAACUAUUCCGAUGCCCAGGUAAAAGUGCGCGAGGCAACAUCAAACGAUCCAUGGGGCCCCUCAAGCACGCUGAUGGCGGAGAUCGCCGACCUCACCUACAACGUGAUGGCGUUCACCGAGAUUAUGCAGAUGAUAUGGAAGCGGCUGAACGACCACGGCAAGAACUGGAGGCACGUCUACAAGGCGCUGGUGCUCAUGGAGUACCUCAUAAAGACUGGCAGCGAGAAGGUGGCGAUGCAGUGCAAGGAGAAUAUAUUUGCUAUACAUACGUUGAAGGAUUUUCAGUAUAUGGAGGAGUGGAAGGAUCAGGGUCUAAACGUGCGCGAGAAAGCGAAACAGCUAGUGAAUCUGCUGAAAGACGACGAGCGAUUGAAGAACGAGCGUGCGAGAGCUUUGAAAGCGAAGCAGCGCUUCGCGCAGAGCGCGAGCGCCUUCGGCAGCGACGGCGCGCUAGACACGCCCUCCAGCCCGCAGUACCCGCCCGUUGAAAACUUGAAUAGCGAAUCAGCAGAAUGGCACGGUCGCGAAGCGGAGCUAGCGCGGCCCCUGACCGCCGGCGAAGAGGAAUUACAACUACAGUUGGCUUUGGCCAUGUCCAGGGAAGAAGCAGAAAGGGAGGAGCGACGGCGGCGUUCAGACGACGUGCGGUUACAGCUCGCCAUCAGCCAGUCGCAACAUGAUCUGCAGUCUUUAUUUCAAAUUGGGACACCAGGAGCGGAGAAAAAGCCGGAGGCAGCCCAGCAAUCCCACUUACUGGACUUGUUGGAUGUGAACCUAGGGUCGCCGCCCGCGCCGUCCGCGGCCGCGGACCCGUGGGGCAUCGCCUCGCCACAACAGAAACAGGACACGAUGCCGGAUGCGUGGUCGGGCGUGGGUAGCCCGGCGCGCGACCCCUGGGCGCCCGCGCCGGGACCCGCGGACCCCUGGGCGCCCGUGGCGCAGGAGCUUACGACGACUUUCCAGAGCAAGUCGCCGCCGUCCGUGCUGUCGUCGCCUUCGUCCGAGCUGGAGCAGUUCGACGCGCUGUCGCAGCGGCCGCGCACCGCCAACAACCACGACGACCCGUUCGACCUCACCGCGCUAGGUGACAACCUAGCGCCCGCGGCGAAUUCAUCACCCAGCACAGGCGCCAUAAAAAAGAGUCCGUCUGCGUUCCUCGGCGAGAACUCGUCGCUCGUCAACUUGGAGAGACUACUGCAGCCCGUCAGCGCCGAACCCCCCGCGCCUAACCCCUUCGCGGCCGAGCCCGCGAGACAGAUGUUCCUGCCGCCGCAGCCGGCUAAGCUGUCCAUAAACGAGCUGAAGCAGCAACAGAUGGGCCUCAGCGGGAUGUCGUUCCCGGCGGCGGCGCCCGCCUUCCCCGGCUACCCGCCGCUCCCGGCUGCAGCGGCGAUGGACCCUUGGGCGGCGCCUGCGCCGGCGCCGGCGCCGCGCUCGCAGUCGCCGUGGUCGCCGCCCAACAACAGGCACACGCCCAACCCCUUCCUCUCCUAGCCGCGCACAGGUCGGUAGCAAUGAACGCGCCCGCGCUAUGACGCAACUCAUGCGCACCGCUACC